AUGCAGUUGAAGAUUUCAUACAGAAACAAAAAUUCGAUGGGGGUUCAUAUGUUUAUCCAUUUGAAGAAUCCAAUUGAGAUACAUUCUGGUAAAUCAUUGAAGAUUAAGAAAGAUCCCGAAGAUGGAGGUGUUUCAAGUGUUGACGUACUUAGAAACUUGAAAAAAAGCAAUGAAGAUGUGAAUAAGGCAAUUGAGAUUCAUUCUAGCAAUUCUUUGAAGCUGAAGAAACACAGAAUUGAUGAUGAACUUUGCAAGGGCAAAAAAGUUAAUGAAGAUGUGAAUAAGGCAAUUGAGAUUCAUUCUAGCAAUUCUUUAAAGCUUAAAAAACACAGAAUUAAUGAUGAAGGUUGUAAUUAUUUUUCUAGUGAUUCAGAUUAUGAAGAUGCGACUAUAAGAAGUCUUAAGAAGUUUGUAGGAGAAUCUGAUAAAAAAAUCAAAAAAAAAAAAAAAAAAGAUGGUAAAGUUGGUAAUGUGAAAGCUUUGUAUGCUCGUGUUUCUGUUAAUUCUAUUUAUGGGGCUGUGAAAUCUAUGAAUGAUAUUCAAAAAGAUUGUGUAAGAAGAAUUGGUUUUGGAUCAUUGCUUGAUAUGAAGACUCAAAGUAUUCCAACAAAAUUAUGUUAUUUUGUUGUGGAUUCUUUUGAUCAUGAGGAGAUGGUUAUUAAGAGUGUAGGUGGAAAUAUUCCUGUAAAAAGAGAAGAUGUGAAUAGGGUUCUAGGUUUUCCAUUGGGUUAUGAGCAAAUAAGUUGUUUAGGUGUUCGAGAUAACAGAGGUGAAGCAGAUAUGGUUUUCAUUGUGAAUUUCAUUAUUCUGGAAGAGAAAGUGGUAUGGAGUAGAAAUGAAAUUAAGACAUUUUUUAAUGGACCAUGUGAAUUUCUAACGUUGUUAUAUGUUGACAGGAUUCAAUAUCAACUUAAGUUUAGAGAAAUCAUGGAAUUGGAAAAUGGUGGUUUCGGUUAUGGUGUUGUUGCAGAUUGUGAUGAACAUUUUGAAAGUGGAUCGAUAUACGAUUGUGAGUCGGAUAUUCAAUUGAAAUUACAAGAGAUUGUUUCAGUUUUUUCUAAAUUCCAUAAGAGUGAUGUUGAUAAUGUUUCAAGUUCUGGCUCAAUAAGAAGGAAAAUUUGUUUUGAGGAUGACUCUUUCAAUCAUCAAGGUAAGGAAAUUGGAAAAAGGAUGUUGAAUGAAGAUAUACCAUCCUUUGGUUCGGGAAUAGAGUCUGAGUUAUAUACUCCAAAAAAGCCUUGUUUAACUUCAGGUCAUAAAAUGCAAGAGAAAUCAAUAUUUAAAGGGUUUGUUGAUUCUCCAGUUAGUGUAAGGGGUAAAAAUUCGCAUGUUACAAGUUCUUUGAGUAAAAGAGAUCUAAAUCAAUUGCCAUCUAAAUCAAGGCCAAAAAGAGAUCAAAUGUUACCUCCAGUAAAGAGGUCUCCUUAUGUGAUUCGUGCAGUUCCUAUUGAUACUACUUUGACAAAGGAAGAGAACAUAAUAUCUAACUAG